CCGCUGCUGCAGGUGGCGCUGCUGUUUUUCAUGCUCGUCAAAAACAGGAGCGAGUUCCGGCGAAUAUCAAAUUUCUGCUUGUUCUCCUGCUCACCGAUGAAUUUUGCUGAUAAUUUACACAAAUGGCCGAGUAGGAUGGAUCUGGACUUCGGGAACAAACUGCCCCAGGCUCUGUCGACAAACACUAAACUGCCCCAGUCUCUCUCCUCUAGCGCGAGGUUUCUGUCCUCAGACCCGUUCGAGCGCUGCGGGCGCCAGCCGGGAGUCAAAGUCAAAGAGGAAGACGAGAGUGUGGAGGACUUCUUUCAUUUCGCUCAGCACCUGCAGCAGCAGACCGGAGAGUGUCUCACGGCUUGCUGCGGCGGAUCGAACCCUAAGAGCCUGUCUCUCUCGGAUCCGGCCAAGACCCACAGUCGCCCCUCGGCGGACCGGCCGUACCACUGCCAGGACUGCGGCAAAUACUUCCGGAUCAACGACAUCAAGCGGCACCAGCGGAUCCACAGCGGAGAGCGGCCCUUCCCCUGCUUCCAGUGCGGCAAGAACUUCCCCACCUCCGGGGACCUGAAGAGACACGAGCGCAUCCACACGGGCGAGCGGCCCUACCACUGCCUGCAGUGCGGCAAGAACUUCUCCGACUCGGGCCACCUCAAGCAGCACGAGAGGAUGCACACGGGCGAGCGGCCCUACCAGUGUCCGCAGUGCGCCAAGAGCUUCUACCGCUCCGGAGACCUCAAGCGCCACCUGAGGAUCCACAGCGGCGAGCGGCCCUACAAGUGCCUGCAGUGCGGCAAGACCUUCUCCGACUCCGGGCACCUGCGGGGCCACCAGCGCAUCCACACCGGAGAACGGCCCCACCGCUGCACGCUCUGCGAGAAGAGCUUCUUCAGAUCGGGCGACCUGAAGCGGCACCACAGAACGCACACGGGCGAGCGGCCCUACCAGUGCUUCCAGUGCGGGAAGAGCUUCUCCGAGUCGGGACACCUGAAGGAGCACCGGCGGAUCCACACCGGAGAGAAGCCCUACCACUGCAACCAGUGCGACAAGAGCUUCUCGCGGCUGGAGCGGCUCAAGGGCCACCAGAGCAUCCACACGGGCGAGCGGCCCUUCCACUGCACGCAGUGCGGCAAGAACUUCUUCCGCUCGGGGGAACUGAAGCGGCACCAGAGGAUCCACAGCGGCGAGCGGGCGUGAGCGCCUGUCUACACCGGAGAGAUUCAGCACAUGCUGCGUGUGGUUGUUAACGUGUUUGUUGUCGUAGACCGUAUGAAGCGCACGCCUCGCCCGAUCCUCACCCUGUCUGUCUGUUCUUCAGAAUGUAUAGUGACUCGUUAAACUGUAUAUUGUACAGGAGAAUAUUACUGUGUGUGCUCACAUGCCCUGUAUUUAAUGGAUCUCCCUCAAACUGUCUGUGGUUAUUUUUCUUUUGUAUAAACUGAACUGUUUUAGAGAAGCUGCUGAAGCGUCUCGAUGUUUUACUAGCUGCUGUAACUCACGUGUGUGAAACAGAAUAACACAGUUAUUGUUUCACUGUAACACUUUAUUAACUGUCAUGAAAGACGUUACGGAGUACAGAUGAGCUCUAAUCCAGCAGCUGUGUGUGAUCCGCUCUGAGCACCGCGUGAUUAAGAGAGUAAACUGAGCUCAGGAGUCAGAUUAGAUUUACCUGUUAAGUUUUUUUUUUUUUAAUUAGCUCUUUACAUUUGUUAUUGUUUGGAAUGGUCUUCUGUUUUUACUUUCUCUAUAUAUGUGUGUAUUUAACCAUCAGUAGCUUGGAAGCUUUUUUUUAUAAGAGCUGUGUGCAGGAUUUAAUUAUAAUUGUUUGGGUUUUUUUCAUGUGCAUGAAUGUUUUCUUCAUAUGUAUGUGUCAUCAUCCUUAAUAAACAUUUCACCUCUAAUAACA